CGUUGUUGCAUCUCCCAAUCGUACCAUUGAACAUGACCCCCCGAGAUGACUCUCCACCAGCUUCGGCCAAAAGCGGAACGUCUCAGCCGCCAAAAGCAAACGCGUCGGAGCCCGCGCCAAAGAGACGCCGAGUCGCGUUGGCUUGUUCGGCGUGCAGGAUCCGCAAAUCACGGUGUAAUGGAGUGCGACCGAGAUGUGACACGUGCGAUAAGCUGGGCUUCGAUUGUUCUUAUGAACAGCAAGAAACCUCAGCUAAUCUUCUAGUCCCAAAAGAUAUGUUUGCUGCCCUGGAAGCCAAGGUGAAGCUGUUGGAAACAAACAUCGAACAGCAUAAUAUUAGAUUGAACUUAGUUGAGGGUACACUCAAAACUUCUGGAAAUUCAAGGCAAGAUGUCACACUUCCACUUCAUCACCAACCUGGAAAUGUUGUGGUCAACAUUGAUGAGAUACCCGAGAAUGGCGCUGGCCAGAGCAUGACUGAUGGCAUGGCCGUCUCGUUCGUAGAUGAGCAAGACUGCGGUUUCUUUGGCCCGUCAUCCAACAUCGCACUCAUGCGGCAUAUAUUACGAGCUGUAGACACAAAAAGGACACAGCACGUCAAUCAGACUUCAUUAACACCAGCAUCAGAGUACAGUGCCUAUGAAGGUGGACUAGUGAGUAAUCUAAACGCGUUUCCAACAACCUCGACCGAGCCCCAAAAGGCUGGCGCCAACCUCUUACCACCAGAUGAGGUCAUGCAACGUCUCAUCCGAGCCUACUUUGACAACACAGGGCUAUUGUUUCCGUACAUACACGAGCAAGUGUUUCUCGACACUUAUGAACGAUUCCGGGCAAGUGGCUUCCGAGGUAACGUUCGUCGGACAUGGCUUGGCCUUCUGAAUAUGAUCCUUGCAAUGGCAACUUGUACUUCUUGCUGGGAGGACUCGGGUAGCGAGACUACGUUUGAGGAGUCGGAUGUUUACUAUCGCAGAGCCCAGGAGCUUUGCCAUACACAGAUGUUUAGGGGAACAACUCUUGAAACAGUUCAGUACCUCUUACUCACGAGUCAAUAUCUCCAGGGGACGCACAAGUCGGUUCAUACGUGGACUAUCCACGGCCUUGCCGUCAAAGCUGCCAUGUCUAUCGGACUUCACUCAAGAGAUAUUGCGUCCAAAUUCACUCCUCUCGAACAAGAGAUAAGGAAACGCACUUGGUUCGGGUGCAUCUUACUUGAUAGAAGUCUGAGUCUCACGUUUGGCCGCCCAUGUGCUAUACCAGAAGAGUACAUCCGCUUAGAUCUUCCGCAGCCAAUACCAGUGCCGGCCUCGGCUUCCAAUGGAGUCCAUAAAAUGAGCACGACAUUCUACAACGCCUCAAUAACUCUCUACAGGAUCAUGGGGCGAAUCAUUGGCUCACUCUAUGGUAGUAAUCUUGGAUGCGAAGACCAAUCAUCAGAUACAGCCACAAUGACAUCCAUGAUCCAGUUCGGCCAAGAGCUCUCAGACUGGCAGAAUAGCUUGCCUCAACAACUUGGUUUGCGGUCUGUUGACAACAUGCCAGAUAAUACGGAUGAAAAUAUCCAGGAUCCAUUACGCGAAAAGUUCAGGAUCAUUUUGACACUCAGAUACCUCAACGUCCAACUCCUCCUCCAUCGCCCAAUUUUCAUUCGGUCUCUGGGUAGUCUGCUCAGGGAGGCCAAAACGCCAUAUCGCCAUCCGGGAUCUAUCAACAGCAUGCAUGCCAACUUUGACAGAGUCUUUGUGCAAGUGGCGGAAAACAUCAUAGAUAUUAUUUAUACCAUAUUGACCAGGCCUGAUCAUGGACGCCAUUUGGUUGGGGCUUGGUGGUUCACUCUCUACUAUGCCUUCAGUGCAGCGUUGGCGAUCUUCGGUAGCUUGUUGAUAUCUCUCGGCGUGGAAGUCGGGAACGCCGAAAGUGCGAAACGAUAUCUCGGCAAGACUUGCGAGGCUCUUUUGAAGCUCAGCGACAACAACACUCUUGUCCUCCGCUGCGUCAGAUUCGUACAGCAACUUCUCCGGAUUGUGAGCGCCUGGGAUGCGAGCACCACGACCCAAACCGAUAUUAAUAAUGAAUCUUUGGGAUCAUACUUGACGGCGGAAGGGGGCCCUACUAAUUUUGACAUGGAGUCGGAUUUGCUAUCAACGAUGCCGACAUGGGAAACAUCAACGCUUGGGUUUGGGGAUGAGCUUGAGCUGGGUCAUUUCUUUGCCAGUGAUUCCCAGCGGUGGUUUGAGCAGACACAAUGGUAAUCUCAAUAUGAUGGUGUCAUAAAAGCCUAUGACGUAAAGUGAUAAAACGCGACGCGCGCCAUAAGAUGAG